AUGGGAAUAUUUAGUAGUCUAGAUGCCUCCAUAGAUGGAGAUGAAUAUAUUCAAAAAUUAGCAACUUAUAUUCGUAAAAAUGAGGAAUCAUUAGCCAAUGGAUUAUUAUGUUUUAGUAAAAUUCAAGAAAAUCAACCUAGUUUGAGUAAGAUCAAACCAUUACGAUUAAGUUUCACCAUGCAUCAUUUAUAUUAUAUUACUGAAAGAAUCAGUCGAUCUUCAUUGGAUGUUGAUGUUGGUCCUUUGAAUAUUAAAUCAGAUAAUCCUAAUCAUGAACCAACAUUUAUAUCAUUCAUGGCCAAUAAAUCUAGAUCAUCGAAUCGUCACUUUGAUAGUGAUAAUAGAUCCAUAACUUCAAUAGAUUCAGUUAGAUCGAUUGUUUCCAAUGCAUCAUUUUAUUGGCGUUCAUUUAGAGUUAGUAAAGAUCCUAAAGUCAUUAAUAAAGAUAUAAAAUAUUUAUAUUCAUCAUUUACAAAAAUUCCUUGUUUAAUUUUCAAUCCCAAAACAAAAAUAAAUACUAUCAGUUCUUAUGAAGAAUAUCCUUGUGAUACUUCUGUGCCAAUUCAAAUGUUUAAAAAUUUACAAGUUUUAGAAAUUAUAGAGUAUGAUCCUAAUGAAAUUUUUGGUUGGCAUAUUUUAAGUGAACAAUUACGAAUUUUGAUUAUCAGAAAAGCAAAUAUUACCAGUGUUGAAGAAGUAAUGUUCCAAUUGGUUGACGAUGAUGCAUUAGGUAGACAAAGUUUUAAUUCCACAUCCUCAUCAUUAUCCUCAUCAUCAUUUAGUUCUGCUGGUAUUAGCCGUGCUAAUACUAUCACAGCAAAUUCUACUAUCCCUGAAAAUGCAUCAUUUUAUAGUAAUCAUAAUAAAUUUAGACCUAAAAAAACUUACACCACCAAUAAUGGAUUAGAAAGAAUAAAUUCUCGUCAUAGUACCGGGAAAAAUAAAGCUACCUCAUCUUCUUCAUCGACUUCACGAGACACACGAUGGUCAUUAUUGAAACAAUUGACAAUUUCAGAGACUUCAAUAUCGAGUGUUAAUCGACAAUCAUUUAAAAAUUUAACCAAUUUAGUGAAAUUGAAUUUAUCAAGUAAUUUACUUGAAUCAGUUCCUGAAGGUUUAGAACAAUUGACAAAUCUUCGAUAUUUGAAUUUAGCAGAUAAUAAAAUAACCAAUUUAAAAGGUGUGGAAAAUAUAAUUUCAUUAAUAAAACUUGAUAUAAGGAAAAAUCCCAUUAAGAAUUUACAACCAUUAAUUAAACUUGCAACAAAGACUCAAUAUCAAGUAUAUAUAUCUUCAGCAUCGACUUCAUCAUCAUCAUCAUCAUCAUCAUCUAUUCCUAUAGAUUCUAUGAGAUUAUUAGAAUUGGAAAUUGGAUUACGUCAAAAAGUUAAAAAACAUCAAUCAUUAUCACAAAAUGUCAUAUCUACUAGUUCACUGGAAAUGAAACUACUGUCAAUUACCACCUCUAAACCAAAUCAUGAAGCCAAUAACAAUACGACCACAACCACAACCACAACCACGAAUUUUGAUCCUAAUCCUAAUCAUAAUCAUAACAAUUCCAUAGAUAAAUCAAUCACUACAAAACCUACAACGACAACAACAAAUACUAAGAAUCAAAACUCAACCACCAAUAUAAAUCAUAGUCCUUCUUUGAAACUGAUACUGAUACUGACAGAUAACAAUAUUUCUUCUGAUAAAGGAAUUGUUUCCAAACCCACUACUACAACAUCCAGUACGACCACACCCAGUACGACCAGUACGACAACCCCCACUAUGGCAAAAAGUCCUAGAUUUUCACUGCAAUUCAUGCAUCAUUUAAAUGAUUCAAAUAGUUCAAUUCCUUCAAAUAAUUCAAUUAAACGAUCAACUACUUCUUCAACAUUAAUUGAUCAUGAACAUAAUAACAAUCAUAGUGAUGGUACUAGUAACAGUAACAGUAACAGUAACAAUAACGGUAGCAGUAACAGUAACAGUAAUGGUAACAGUAAUGGUAACAGUAAUGGUAACAGUAAUGGYAACAGUAAUGGCAACAGUAAUAAUAAUAAUAAUAAUAAUAAUGGUGCUGCUCCGAAUAUUGUUACUACAGUUCAAGUUACUGUUCAUAUGAGUUCAUAA